AGAGCACCGCGCGCGGAGACCUCAUGCCUCCCUCACCGCGAGUGCUGUCGUAAUAGUUUCACCUCGUGCCCAGCAUGGAGGACCUCCCUUUCACCGAGUUACCCAUCCUGCCGCGGCACCCCAAACUCCACCAGCCGCACCUGAACCUCACGCGGCGAACGCCGUCGCCGGCGCUGCCCCAGUGGAACCAAACCCACAUCUCGAGCCUCUACCCGGAGAUCCUCGCGCUCAUCUUCUCUUAUCUCGACGUGUGUGAUAAGGGCCGCGCGGCCCAAGUGUGCUCCGCGUGGCGCGAGGCCUCCUACCACAAGUCCGUGUGGCGCGGCGUCCAGGCCAAGCUCCACCUCAAGAAAGCCAACACGACCCUCUACAACAGCCUCAACCGCCGCGGCAUCCGCAGAGUGCAAGUGCUUUCCUCCAAGAAGUCUCUCCGGGACGUAGUGCAAAACAUAAACAAACUCGAGUCGCUCAGCUUGAGCGGGUGCUUCAACGUCAACGACGUCGCGCUGUCGCACGCCUUCUUCACGGAAGUCGAGUCGCUGGUCCACCUGGACCUCUCCCUGUGCAAGCAAGUGACGGACAUUAGUUUAAAACGGAUAUGUGAGUACCUGAAGAACCUGCAGACCCUCGAACUCGGCGGGUGCAGCAACAUCACCAACAACGGGCUCCUGGCCAUCGCGCGGGGCCUCCGGCGGUUGCGGCGGCUCAACCUCCGGUCGUGCUGGUACGUGUCCGACGUGGGCAUCAGCCACAUCGCCGGCCAGAGCGGCGAGGCCGAUGGGAACCUCGAGCUCGAGCACCUCGGGCUCCAGGACUGCCAACGCUUGUCCGACGACUCGCUCAAGUACCUCCUGGCGGGAAACUCCAAACUGGCCAGUAUCAACCUCAGUUUUUGCGUGAGCAUCACCGACAGUGGGCUCAAGUACCUGGCACGGAUGCCUUCUCUGCGGGAGCUGAACCUCCGUUCGUGCGACAACAUCUCCGACGCGGGGAUGUCGUACCUGGCCGAGGGCGGGUCCCGGAUCGCCGCCCUCGACGUCUCCUUCUGCGACAAGAUCGGCGACCAGGCCCUGAGCCACAUCUCGCAGGGGCUCUUCAACCUGCGGUCCCUGUCGCUCUCCACGUGUCAGAUCUCCGACGACGGCGUGUACAAGAUCACGAGGACCCUCCACGACGUGGACACGCUCAACAUCGGCCAGUGCAGCCGGAUCACGGACAAGAGCCUGGCCAUGAUCGCCGAGUCCUUCAAGAACCUCCAGUACAUCGACCUCUACGGGCUUCCCAAGAUCUCCACGCUCGGCCUCGAGAAGAUCAUGCAGCUGCAGCAGCUCAAGCACCUCAACAUCGGUCUCCACGACGACAAGCGACCGCUCCUUGGCAACAUGCUAACCAAGAGGUGACACCUGCUCCUCGACGUCGCGUAGGUUCUAGGCAAAUGUGAUAUUAAAACGCUCAAUUUUAAGUCUCUGUUAAUGUAGAUUUCGUGUAAAUAGUCUCGUUUAUUCGUCCUUCUGUUAAUAGUAUCGCGGGAGCCCCGCGAAAAAUUCUCUAUCACGGAUACCCCACGUCUAUGAUCCCGGUGAUUCGAACCCCUGUCCAAAUUUUGCCGUCCACAUUUUUGCGACGGAAAGCUUAGCCCUUGCCGUCUCACACUGUUUUAAGUUCAAGUCACGUUCAUCCUCAGGUAGCCACAAGUUCAGUGUCAUGUGAUCUUCGAAAACAUGGAUAUACCUCGCGCUGUGCAGGAGCGACGCAUUCCUGCGAGCGGAGAGUCUGCAUUCCUGUAAGUACGACGAAUUUUGCAUUCCUGUUGUUACGGCGGAGAUUCCGCUGUAUUCACCUGCACAAGUGUUUUGCAGGUUGGACGCAGAUAAAGGAAUUCUAAUGCCGCGACUUGCGGCGCCAAGAGGAGUGAGCCCUCCCCUCAUUGCUUACUUCUAUUCAUAAAACUCAGUAAUUUAUACGGACUGCGGAGGGGUCUCCAGACCCCUCCCCCCCUCCGUCUCGUCCCUUUGCAGGGACAAUGGAUCAAUUUGGUGAACGAGUCGCUUGCAUUGCGUCAGGCUGGGCCCAGGAUAGAGUAAAAUUGGAGAGACCGGUUGGAAUUCAGUUCCGCUGGCACAGUUCCUCGAAUUUGAUCCUCUUUAAUGGCAACAACGGGUGAAAUAAGUUUUCAAAAUUACGUAAUUUAGAAAAAUACAACUUUCAGUAAACCUGUCACAUUUUAGGGAACCCAUUUGAGUAAUUUUUAAGUAAGUAAUAUUUACGCAGAAAAUGGUCCUAACUAACUUAUGAGACUCAGGUACUUUGAUUUUUUAUCACCGAAAAUGUUCGAAAAAAGUAUGACACCAGGGGAGCGAAAAAGUAAAAAACGCAUAGUAAAGUAGAUCGUAAUUUUUUUUUGUACAGCCUUUUUUACUACUCUAUUAUCAGACCUAAACUUUACUUAGAAAUUAAACCAAGAGGGUUUUCUAAAAAAUACUUUUUUAACUUUUUUCAUGAGAUUUUUAAAAGUGCCUUUUCAAGCCAUACUACCUACUUUAAUUGCCUUCUCUUAAAUUAGAGUAUUGAAGAAAGGUUCAAGUCUGGAUUUUACUAUUCCAAGCACAAUAUCCGUCUAGGUACUUACUAUGCAUACCUACUGAGGUACAGACAGCUAAGUUACUUCUACACCCUGUUUUUUGGCAUGUAUGAUCGAAGAGUGUAAGUGAUCUUAUUCCUUACAACAAAUUUCUUUGCGUGACUAUAGACGACACAGUCAUACAAUUUCAGUUCGAUUUAAUCAUCCGAAUUUUUCUGCGUAAACCGUUUAAGUACGUAAUUCUCUUGCGAAAUAUUUAAUUCCUCUGGCUUAUUUUCAUUCUCUGGAAGGAGCAACUGCUAUGACAAAUCUAUCCCUUCGGUACUGUAUUUUCAUUAGUCUAUACUAGUUUCUUCAGAAUAUAAUCGUAUCUAAUUGCGGAGGGCCUAUCAUCUUCUAAAACGCCUUCAACUGAGCGAAAUACUACCGUGCGUUACGUGGGAGUCACAAUAGUUGUAUCAAGAACGAAGGCGGCUCCGCACGCGCUCGGAUUAAGUCAAAUUCACUUUUGGAAGAACUUAUUUUUCAUUACCGCUUAAUUUAUUCGCUAUUUUCAAUAAUUUUGAAAAAGAGAGAGAGAGAAAAAAAGUUUAAUUGGAAACCCUUUUUAUUGGCUGUAAAACCCCUCCCUGUGUUUAUACUUUUUACGCUCGCUUACGUGGUGCACAAUAAUGCCAAAACAACUUGAACAUGUUUGUUUAUUCGUUGAAAUAUACCGCUUGCAUCCAAUGCAAAAUCAUGAUAUAUCGAGAAAAUAUGAAUCUGAAACGGAUUUCAUUUAUUUUUAUUCGAAAGAUGAGCUUUUUUGAAGCGUCCUCUGGUCAAAAUUUUCGCCACUUUAGAGCAUCCAUCCGGACACCAAAAUCAGUUUUCGUGAUCGCUCACUCCUUCUCGAACCCGUUUUCCGAUCCGAGACGUUCGCCUCAAUGACAGCUGGAUCUAGCAUCAAUCCUUUCUUUUUUUUAAGGUGAGACAAGGUUUUUUUACAAGUGAGAUUUAGUGAUGGUCUCAAUGUUUCCGAGUGAUCUACAAUAUAGAAACAGGGGUUCGGGCAAGUUGAAACUGAUGAACUGCACCGUCUGAAUUAAAUCGUGCUCAGAGUUUGUUAACCGCUGACUGUUCUUUAGCUUUAGGUGGAGUGCUCUAAGCCAUAGCAUACUUGUUGAGUAAUAAUCGUAGUACUCCGGGAGGAGCACUUUUCCAAGUUGGGCGUUGUCAAUGAUGAAUUGAUGAUCUCAGCGAAUGAAUCGCGAGCUAUCUCUACGGCCGGGGUCAGGGUCGGUGAGAAGGUGGCGUGGCUCUGGACUUCACGAACGGACAAGCCGUUGUUGAACAAUGUUUCGUCCGCUGGGUUGGAUGUCUUCAUUGGGGACGGCUUCUCGGAUAGAGCUGAAGGUCCUGGGAGCGUUUUUGGUAAGUCAGGCCUUGGUUUCUGCACCUUCUUUGGCUUUGCAGGCGGUUGGACUGCUACAGCCUUGGGGUCCUUUUGGUUAGCUGGCUUGCCGUAGUAAGGUUUUUUCGUGGAUACUACUUGGUUGGCUUCCAUAUCUAAUCGGACUGUGUUGUUGUUAGUUUUGAAUUAAUUUUAAUAAAUUAAAAUUGGGUUCAAUUCUAAACUAUUGGUGGUUUGAGAACUUCUCUCCAGCAAUUUAAAAUUGGGCAAAAUUGAGACAAGUACUUUGUCUCUCCUCCCAAAAAGUGAGGUAAAAUAUACGCAAACACGUGUGAAUUCUGUAAGUUAUAGCUUCCCAAAAAGUAUCCAUCACUGGUUUUACAGUUAUAUUUGUUUACUUGUUACUUAAUCGAGCAACGGUUCAUUCAACGAGAGACCCUACACUGAAGGGUCAAUCCGGUAUACCUACGCCUUGCAAUGCGACAAAUUCACCAAAUAAUGUCAAUUUUGUGACGUUUGCAACAUGCUAUGCCUCGAUUCCAAUGAGGAUUUCUACUCUUAACUGCUCAACUCUGAUUGAAAAGUGUAAGUUUUAUUUUUCUUCUUUGUCUCACGAGGCUCCGUGCUCCUUGUCUUUACAAAUUGAAAUAAUUAUGAAACCAAUCUGAUCGUUUAGAAGAGUCUUUUCGCGACAAAAAAAAAAAAAAAAUUGUUCAAACCUUCAGCAAGGAAAGAUAUACCUAGGUAAUAUGAACCGCGAGACUUCGUCUCGAGCUUUUGUAAAGAAAAAAAAGGGAGAAAAAAGGGGGAAAAGUAAGGAACCUAAUUUCUUGAAGGUAUUCCUUACAUGAAUUUUUUUUUUUUUUUUUUUUUUUUUUUACUUUUAUAAGAAGCUUUAAAUAGCUCCCAUUGGCUAAUCCCACGCUUACCCCAAGUGAUCAUUGUAUGAGACCAUCAAACUCUUGGUUUGAAAACACUACCAUCAAAAAUUCAAAACGGGCAAGAGAACUUUCCUUAAGGACGAGUCCGUGUUGGAAGGAGAAUACGGGUCCAAAGAAAGGUCGCCAAUUAAAAUACGUCCGGCGGCAUCCUGUCGCGGAGGGCUGCAGCAAGAGAAGAAAAUGAUGAGGUUAUGAUAGGUGGGCACCCUUGCGAGGGACUCCGAUGUUCCGAUGUCCAAAUGGAAUCUGCUGACGGCCCAAGCAGGGAUGAGGGAAGGUUGAAAACGGAGGUCAGAAUCCGAUGUAAAGCAUAGGUGAUUGGUUGGGAAUGCGAAAAUGAAAGCAGCUUGAACGUCCCCCGGGGGUGGACAUUGACGUUAUGGUAGAAACACACCACGAUCGGGGCAAGCUCCAAACUUAUGACACACUGGGAGCCGAAGAUCGGCCGAACAGCAGCACAAUUCGUCGUCUCCCGGACGAAAGAACGUAACUCCAUUCCAAUGUUGCCAAAUUUCCCCUCGCAAAUUGCCUAUUGAUCAAGAGAAUCUUGGGCAUUUCUGACUGAAAAUUUCCCUCAUUUUUCUCUAAUUCUAUUUUGGAUGAAAACUGCUUACGUGCAUUUAUGUAUCAUAAGUUAAUUGUUUGAGUCAAUUUGGCAACCUUGGAGUGGAGUUACGUUCCUUCGUGCCGGCGACGACGAAUUGAAGCACUAGAUGCUGGACCUAUUUUUGGAAUUUGUGCUUCAUGUUGGUCAGCCAACUUCCGGUAGCUAAAGAGCUACCGGUAAACCGUUACAAAUUUCGGCAGCACCAACUGAAAAAGGGUAAGAACUGAAAAAAAUUCGUAAGGUAAGCACCUCCUUCAUUAAGGGUUUGCAGUUUUAAUUUUGAACGAAUCAUGAAAGUCGAAGUAUUGGCGAAUUCUACACUCUAUGCUGGCUUAUUCUAUUUAAAAAUAAGCUAGAAAUCUUAAUUUUUAAAGCGACAAUUGCAAUGCCCAGCAUUAGUACGGUGAAAACACGGGCUUCACCAGUGUUUGGCAAUGGUUGCCAAUUUUUGUUCCAAUGAUUGCGAUAGGAGUUCUGAAGUUAUCAAAUGGAAAACUGGAUGACUAAGAAAAAAAAAUAAUAAAAAAGCCCAACAUUCAUACUGUGAAAACAAAGGCUUCACCGGUGUUAAGCAGUGGUUGCCAAUUACUGAUGCACUCAAUUUUUGACCAGUUCCAACGAUUGGCGCAAGGUGUUUUAAGGUUAAUAAAUUGAAUUUUGAAUGAUUAAGAGGAAUAAAAUGAAAGACAUUAAACAAAAGCACAAUAAAAACAAAACAAAAAAACAAAAUUAAUUACACAUUGAAAUUAAUACAUAAAAUAAAUGCUUCGCCAAUUGCUAGUGCAAGGUCUGCCAAUUACUGGCAAAUCCAAAUUUUCGGGUGCCAGUUACUGGUUAGUUUCUCAUUUUCCAUAAAUAUCAUUAUUAAAUUUAAUAAAAGCACGGAAAUUGUUACUUUGGACCAUUUUUAAACAAAGGAGUGUAUGCACCUCAACUAAAAUCCUGCACAUCAACAAUAAGUCUCAAACUUCCAAAGAAGUAGACCUUCAAAGUUUAAAAAAUCCUUAACGUGCCAAUUACUGGUACGGUUACCUUACAUCGUGACUCCUAAUAAAGCACAUGUGAUCCAUACAAAGGUUCGCUGACGACACACAGUUAUACGAAUGAGUGCAAGAACCGAUUACAGUUGAAAAUUUGACACCAUUUUUAAGUGGCAAGUAAUGAUUAAUUUGCGAUGGUUUUUCAAACUUACUAUUUUAAAAUUUUCGUAUCAAUAUUGAAAAUUAAUCAACACUGCACACCAAUCGCUAACGCAAGUAUUUCACAACGUAAGAAUCGUUAAUACCAAUUACCUAAACGUACCACUCACUGUGAAGCCUCUAGGAACUUGCAAACACAACCCACACGUUAAAAUAACGAAAUGGAUUUUAGCAAGUGGGCCUACUCCUGUUACAUUAACAUUAAGCGUAAAGUUUAUGAAGUAAUAUUUUUUUACUUACGGUCUCACUGGUCGUGUAAAUAGUCUCCAUUAUAUCUGCCUUGUAGAAGAAGGGUCCGUAUUCCUCCCCUUUUUUCAGGUGUUCCUGGUUCUGCCAAUAUUCUUCGAUCAGAUUUUUUUCUUCGCCUUCCCAGUGAGCAUCUCGGAAGGUGCUCACUUUCUGUGCUCGCUUGGUCUUGUUAUUAAUUAGGCAGCACCCGUUCUCAGAAGUGCCGACUAUUUUCUAAUUGAAAAGUGAAAAAAACAAUUUGAUCAGUGUGUAUCCUUCAAUUCUAUUUUUAAAUUCCUGAAGAAUCUUAAACCACCGUUGAAAUCUUGUCAAAGACUGAGCCCUCACAAAGAUUUAGACUUCAUUAUUAGCAGGGAAAACUAAAACAAGAAAUUCUUGAGUGCUUGUAGUGUAUAGGCAAAAUGAGGAGGGAAAAUGCUUGGAAAUAUUUCUCUUAAAAAGAACUCGAUUCCCCUUUCUUUACAAGAAUAGGGAUUCAACGCGUUCCUUACAAGUCGGUAGAUACAGGAAGAGAGAAACAUUAUCCGAUCGAGCGACGCAAUAGCUCAACUACCACUUGUCACUAGGGAAUUCCACCCACAACUUUUCAAGACGCAAGGCACACGGUACCUUGUGUGCGGAAUCUCCUGUGAGCCUGUCGUAAAGGGUAUACCCUAAACUAUUGCCAAUAUAAAUAGAAUAGAAAUUUAACAAUCGUGUAUUCAAGGGCAGGUCCAGCAAAUUCAAAAUUUAACUUUAAGGUAACUUAAUCGGUUCGAAAUUUGACUCUACAGUACCUAACUUAAUAAUUUUCUUUGAAAAAAUAUUGCUUCGAUCACAUUCUCAUAGGUAACUGCUUAAGCUAAUGCAAACUAAAUACUUGAAGAUGAAAAAAUGAGACAGGAACAGAAGUAACAAUACUACAUAAUCUGUUGAUUUCCUGCUGAGGAUAUGGGAUGGGGAAGUAUCAUCGCUGUGUAAUGACAUCUCCGCUUACCUGUAACAAUGGUGAUUCCACUUCGAUUUCUUCUACCUUUUUGGAUUUCACUUCCUCUUUCAUUACUUCCCAAAUCGUUUGUGGAAGUACCAUCUGCCAAAAUAAAAAAAAGUUAAUAAAUGAAUUUCCCAAGUCAAUAGAGAACUCACUCGUGUUUCAACUACAAACCGUGGUUUUGAAAAGAUAGCAGGACCAACAAUCAGUAUUAAGUUGAUAAAGUUGCACGGAACUGAUUAAACUUUAAUAGAGCGUUCAGGAAACAUCUAUACAUUGUCUUAGAAGGUGCUUCAUUCACCCAGUUACCCGGACGUAAAUAUUCGGCCGUAUUCCGGCGUAAUAUUCAUAAUAUUCGUAAUAAUACAAUUUAGAUAUCAAGAAAAUGCAACACAAAACUACAAACCAUAUUCAGGCAUAACAGAAUUUAGUAGUACACUGAAGGCAAAAUGCAGACAUGAGAAAUACAAGCGACACAUACGGCUGACCGGGGGGAGGGGGAGCCACCCGCACCCCGCACACACUGAAUCCAGCCCAACUGAAUUCAUCCUCUAAAAUAAUUUCUGACAUUCUUCCGUCAAGCUAGAUGGUGUAUCAGUGAAAGGUAUCAAACAUAAGGGUGACUUUUCGAGUCUAACGGUGCAAAAAAUAAGACCAGGGGCUCAAUGAUCAUAUAUUUUUCUCGUCAGGUUGCUCAAUGCUGGAGCGCUACGGGAUAUCCAGGAUGACGAGUACCCCUAAGGGGUAGUGAUCCAGGCAUCUGCCGAGAAACGAUAAUGAGAACAUUGAAAAACAAUCUCCGACCGUGGAAAGCUGUACAAACGGACUAAGUAGAUAUACCGUCCGUCCACGUUCCGGAAUCGUGGUAAUGUGGUCCCUCUGACUCCACCAAGGUUGAAGAACUUGGGUUAAUUUAUGAAACCACUCAACUUGCACUCCGAAGACAACAAAAAGCUUUCUUUAAACACUUACCGAAUCGAAAUUGCUUCAACAAAUUUCAUAAACUCCUCUAAUCAGGAUAAAAUGAUGAAUUAACGCUCCUGAAUAGCGCUCCGGAAUUGAGUGUUAUAACCGCUCAACGUACACUGCAAGGAAAGAAAAAGAUGUCAUUUUAAAUUUAGUUCGCUUGGAUUUUAAAUAAUCGAAUUUACAAAAUCUUGCUGCCGCUUUGAGACGAGCCGCAAAUUCAUGAACCUUUUCUCCAUCUUUCUGGAAGACUUUACGAAAA